AUUCUGAGGACUGUUUCUGCUAGCUAAACCUGAUUCUAGCCACACACACUGGUGGGGGACAAAGGAUUUUGGGGUGAGUUUGCUGGCCAUUACUUUCACUUGCUUGCUAUGUGAACUAACCAAAAUAUGAAAAGCAAUAGUAUUCAUUAAUUGAUUUAUGUUGAAUAGUCUUUCAAUUGUAUGUCAAGAAUUUUUGUAAAAUGCCACUUUUGUUUGAAUAACAGAUUUACAGAUAAAUGCAAGGUGAUGGUGUGACUAUAUUGUGACAGCUCUAGCUAGCAAAUAGCUUAUUCAUAUACAGCGUAGGAGGUAGUGGCUAUCAAGCUAGCAUGGUGCUUGCUAAAUUCUCUGAUCCAAGGUUUUCCAUUGCAAAAUCCACAUCCAAAACGGUUCGGGUAUAGUCACUGUUAAUCUGCUGUUUUAACGCCUCAAAUCAAAAUUGAAAUGUUUCAGAGACAGCUAGAUAGCUAACGUUAGCUUGAUUUAACCUGAAUGCUUAGUGGCUAGCUAAUGCUAGCUACCUGACAACGUAUGCGGAGUAUCAAAUACAAUAUUCUGUAUUUUAGCUUUUGUUAAAUAAUUUAAACUGCAGAUUAUUCUCCAAAAGUUACCAAGCUAACUGAUUGUGUUAUCUACGUUUGCAUGCUAAUCAUCUGCUGAUCAGAUGGUCCAAGUUAGCCAGCUGGCUAGCUAUAGCUAGUAGCUGCAUAUACUAAGCAAGUAACGUUAGUUAGCUCAACGUUACUAGCCUCGCUAGCUAGCACAGCUGGGUGUCAGCCAACUACGCAAGAUGACAGAGCUUUAUUUUCCAGCAAAUGCAUUUCCAUUUAUCUGAUUUAUUUGCGCAUGUGCAAUUAUAAGCAAAUGCCAUUCCAAAUAGUGUAAGCGAUGUUUUUGGACGCGAACAGCUUGCUAGUCGUCACAUCAACCCCCUGUCAUGUUCAUGCCUGUCCACUGACACUGUUGUGAUGUUGCACAUACGUCGUCUGACAUCAUUUUGGCACCAACAUCUCUUUUGUCCUCCGUCUCAAGCUACUUACUUUCAUUCCUAUUCAAUUUUUAAAGUACUGUAAUAACAAAUGAAGUUAAUGAAACACCUAAAUGCUUUCGACCAUUAUAAUGUGUUUAUUACAGACCCAAUGACUGGAAUAAAUUGAUAGAAUUCUUCCUCUGCCAAGAUGUCAAAAAGAGAAAGAGAAAGGCCAUAUGCCCCUCCCCCUCCCCCAGCCCCUACAACACAAUUGCCCAACACCCCCGGGUUUGUGGGGUACAACCCCUACAGUCAUCUGGCUUACAACAACUACAGGCUGGGAGGGACAACAAGCAACAACAGUCGGGCAACGAAUUCUUCAGGAAUAAACAUUCCAAAGCCACCCAAGCCGCCAGACAAACCGUUGAUGCCAUACAUGCGAUAUAGUCGCAAGAUUGAGUACAAUGAGAGCAUGAAGGCCUACCACAACUCUCCAGCCUACCUGGCUUACGUCAACGCUAAGAGCCGCGCCGAGGCCGCUCUGGAGGAGGAGAGCCGACAGCGCCAGUCUCGUCUCGACAAGGGCGAGCCGUACAUGAGUAUCCAGCCAGCAGACGACCCAGAUGAUUACGACGACGGAUUCUCCAUGAAGCACUCGGCUGCCGCCCGUUUCCAGCGCAACCACCGGCUGAUCAGCGAGAUCCUGAGCGAGAGCGUGGUCCCCGACGUGCGCUCCGUCGUCACUACCGCCCGCAUGCAGGUCUUGAAACGGCAGGUCCAGUCUCUUAUGGUGCACCAGAGGAAGCUGGAGGCGGAGCUACUUCAGAUUGAAGACCGUCACCAGGACAAGAAAAGGAAAUUCAUCGAUGCCACAGAGUCUUUCAACAGCGAGCUGAAAAGGCUGUGUUGUAUGAAAGUGGAGGUGGACAUGGAGAAGAUAUCUGCAGAGGUCGCUGCGGCAGAGGAUGCAUCACGCAGGCGUAUGUCGGAGCGGGAGAAGGAGGCGUCCACGUCCUCUAGCCUGGAGGAGGAGGAGAAACCAGUUGGCCCGUCAAAUGGCAGCAAGAGCCAACAGGUGUCUGUCAGUGACAGCAGCAACAAGGAGAGAGAGGAGACGGAACCCAGCCCCAUGGAUACUGGUGAGAAGUCAAAGGCCUCGGAGGAGUCGACGGCUCGUCCUGCCAGUGAGGUUGAGGAGGGGGCGCCGUCGGAGGACAAGGAGAGUGUUCCGGAAGGGGUGAUGGAGGACGGCACCAGUGACAGUAACACAGGGUCGGAGACCACCUCUGCUGUGACGGAGGACGCCCCGCCCAGCGAGCCAGCAGCCUCAGAGGGGCCGAGCAGGGCACGCCCUACCGCCCACUGAAGAGUCGACCUUUGACCUUAGGGCCGAGAAAUGUCCAUGAUGCAUCAUUCCAUCUCUACAGUCACACUCUGAUGAUAACACAUUGUACAUUAGUAUCUAUGUGAACCCAAGUCGUGUUUAGAUGGGUUUUUAUUUCCGAUGGGAAGUUUGAUGCAAUUGUUUGAAUCUUCAGAGCUCUGUUGGCAGGGUCAAAAUAGACCUGCUGUCAAUUUGCGAAGCGCUUCAAGUCCACAAAGCAAAGCAAUUGUCCCAACUAAAGUGAAUGACAUCUAAAUUGAGUCACAAUUCAUACAGUGAAUUCACCGUAUUUCUAUCACAGACCGCAGUGCCAGUCGAUAGCAACCAGCCAUCACCUGUCAAUAUAUCCAAACAUAUCUCUUGUCUUAUUCUAUGGUACUAUAUCUGGCAGACACUAUGGUACUAUAUCUGGCAGACACUAUGGUACUAUAUCUGGCAGACACUAUAGUACUAUAUCUGUCAGACACCAUUAAUCUUACUGAUUGAGGCUGGUUGUAAAAACUGUCGCAAAAAAAUAAGUUGUUCAAUGUUUAAUUACUUGUUCUUUGGAGUGUAAUGUUAUUGUUGCUUUCAAUGUUAUUUUUGCAUGAUGUCGCAACUCCUCAAAUGGAAGAGUUUGCUUAGUAACGGAAGGGGUGGGGUGACUCGAUAUUUUUUCAUGUUUACUCUAAGUAUCAGUAUUAAGUGACAGUAUUGUCUCAGGAGUUAAUAGAAAUAAGUAAUUGUUUUCAUUAUUUAUUAUUAUUCUUGUGCGUUGUGAGUCCUGGGCCCAGUCCAUCCAUCCACCAACCUGUUGUACGCUACGAGUUCAUCCAUGCUGUACAGUUCUACCAGUCAGUGUUCCAAAGUCUGCUAGCUCUCAAUCAAAUCAAAAGCUGUAUGCUUAGAACAACCUUUCAGUGUUAUGUUAUUAUGACCGGUAGUACAAUGUUCAACCCAGAACAAACUCUUAAAUGUUCAUAUGCAAUGUAAGAAGCAGUGUUACAAGGUUUGCGUGAAUGUGAGUGGUUUUUCAUCUCAUCCUUAAGCUACUUGGAAGAGCAGAGUGAGUCAUCAACAUACUGUCUUAAAAAUCGAUUUUGUUUGCCAUAUUUCUACCAAUAAACUUUUCUACCCUGACA